AUGGAGCGACUCAAUAGCUACGACUCACCGCAGGGCUUGUACUACCCGGAUGAUGCCCACAUCCGGGGAAUUAGCAACGCCGCCCUGGCCAUGGCAACCUUCCAGCAGAAGCCGAGACUAUGGAGCAAGAACAUGUUCAAGUUAUACUGGGCCAUUGCGGUGGCCACGCUCAACUCGUGCAUCAACGGGUAUGACGGGUCGCUCAUGGGCUCCAUCAACAGCUACCGACAAUACCGGGAGUACUUUGGCUUUGAUCCAGAAGCCGGCACGCCGUCGACGGGGAUCGUCUACGCCAUCUACACCAUCGGGAACAUCGUGGGGUCGUUCUGCGCCGGGCCAUUCACCGAUUUCCGGGGACGACGAGUGGGCAUGGCGCUCGGCGCCGCCUUCAUCAUCCUCGGCACCAUCGUCCAAGCAACCUGCACCAAUCUCGCCGGCUUCAUGGCCGGCCGCUUCCUCCUCGGCUUCGGGGUCGCGACCUCCGCCACCGCGGGCCCAGCCUACGUCUCGGAGAUCGCGCACCCUUCCUGGCGCGGCUCGUUGACGGGAUUGUACAACGUGCUGUGGUUCGCCGGCGGCAUCCCGGGGACGUUUAUCCCCUGGCGCACGAGUCAGAUCGAGGGGACGAUGAGCUGGCGGAUUCCGAUCUGGGUGCAGAUGGUGUUUGCGGGGUUGGUGCUGGUCUUAUGCUGGACGAUUCCGGAGAGCCCCCGGUGGCUGGUGUCCCGCGACAAGCACGAGGAGGCCAUCCGCGUGCUGGCCACGUACCACGGCGACGGCGACCGCAACGCCCCGCUCGUGCAGCUCGAGUACCGCGAGAUGGUCGAGGAUAUCUCCAACACGGGGGCUGACAAGCGCUGGUGGGAUUACCGCGAGCUGUUCAACUCGCGCGAGACGCGCUACCGCUCGAUGCUGGUGAUACUCAUGGCCUUCUUCGGACAAUGGUCCGGCAACGGCCCCGUCUCCUACUACUACCCGCAGAUGCUGGCCGGCGCCGGCAUCACCUCCAACACCACCCGGCUCCUCCUGCAAGGCCUGCAGAACGUCUGCCAGUUCGUCGGCGCCAUCUUCGGCGCGCUCCUGACCGACCGGAUCGGACGGCGCGCGCAGCUCCUCACCUCCACGGCGCUGAUGGUCCUCCUCUUCAGCAUCAUCACGGCGCUGAACGCCACCAACGUCGACCCGCCCGACGACGAGACCGGCGGCGUCGUCGUCGUCGCCAAGAGCGCCGUCGUGGCGCGCGCGCAAAUCGCCAUGAUCUUCAUCUUUGGCUUCGUGUUCUCGGCCGGCUGGACGCCCAACCAGGCCAUGUACCCCGUCGAGUGUCUGCGGUACGAGUCGCGCGCCAAAGGCAUGGGGAUGAACAAUUUCUUCAUCAACGUGGCCAACUUCUACAAUACGUUUGUGACGGGCAUCGCCUUCACCCGCGCCGGCUGGCGGUACUACCUGCUGUUUAUCUUCUGGGAUGUGCUGGAGCUGGCGGUGAUCUGGUUUUUGUUUGUGGAGACGUCGCGACGCACGCUCGAGGAGCUGACUGCCAUCUUCCAGUCGAGGAAUCCCGUCAAGGCGUCGUUGGCGCGCGACGAGGUGUUGAUCCCGCAGGUGGAGCAGGAGGUCGAGAUGAGGCGGAAGGAUUAUGACCGGAGGAAAGUUGAUUUGACUUGA